AGCCGAUAUUCGUCCGUCUCCCUUCUUCGCUCGAAGGGUGAUGCUUCGGCUGCGAUCAUCGCCUGGCUCAAGCAGGCGAGCACCCACUUUGGCCGCCCUGUGCGCCGCCUUCACUCUGAUGGCGGUGGUGAAUUCCUUAAUCGUCAGGUAGCCUCCUACUGUGAGCUUCAUGGCAUUCGCCAGACUCACACCCUCCCCCACUCCCCCCAGCAGAAUGGUGUGGCCGAGAGCCGUGUUCGGGAGAUCACCAAGAUUGCUCGGUGCCUCCUCGUCCAUGCCUCUUGCCCCCCCUUCUCUGUGGGGCUAUGCCCUCCUUCACGCCACCCUCCUUACUAACCUGUACCCCCACCCUAUCCUUCCCUCCACCACUCCCACCGAGCUCUGGACGUCGGCCAAGCCUGACGUCUCCUCCCUCCGUGUGUGGGGCUCCAGGGCGUAUGUCCUCAUUCACCCUGCGGACCGCCCCCGCACCAUGGGAAAGCUCGCCUCCCGUACUCUCCCCUGCAUCUUCCUUGGUCAUAAUCCCUCCUCCCCGGACUACCUCUUCCUUCACCCCCCCUCAGGUCGUUUCCUCCGCAGUCGGGAUGUAGUCUUUGAUGAGUCCACACCCUACUAUUCCACUCCUCCCCCCACUGACCCUCUCGCCCCUGCUCCCAGGCCCCUCAACUGGUCCGACACUAUCCCACCCCCUCUUCUCCCUCCCCCUCCCAUCCUCCCUCCCGCUCCACCUCCUCCAUUCCCCGCCGCCUCGGUCCCUAGUGCUCCCCCCUCCUCUGGUGACAUAUUUGACCCUGACCCUUUUUUUUCCCCCGCCUCCCCGUCCCACUCCUCCCCCUCCGCUCCCUCCCAUCCUCCCCCCUCCCCCCCACGUCCCCCUCCCCCCUUGCGUCCCACCCGCUCCAUCCUUACCAGGUAUCCCCACACCAGGUCGCGUGACGCAGUCCUAGGUGCCCCGCCUCCUGUUAUCCUCUCUUCCUCUCCCUUGCCUCCUCUCUCCCCUCUCAUGGACCUCCUUUUUCAGACAGUCUUACAACAAAACACUAGCCCAACCCUGCCGUCGAGCUCCAGUACAGCAGCCCCACCAGCAGCAGCAACAGCUGCAGCAGCAGUUCCACCCACCGCAGCAGCACCAGCAGCAGCAGCCGUCGCUCCUUCCUCGCCUUCACCCGCAGCAGCAGCAGUGGCGGCAGCAGAUGCAGCAGUAGCAGCCGCCUCAGCAGCAGUGGCGGCAGCAGAUGCAGCAGUAGCAGCCGCCUCAGCAGCAGCAGCAGCAGAUGCAUCCUCAGCAGCAGCAGCAGCAGCAGCGGCAGCAUCAGCAGCUGCAGUCCUCCCAUUCAUUUUCCACUCCUCCCUCCUCGAGGACUCCCAUGAGGAGAUCCUCAACCUCCACCUGCAUGAUCCAGCCCUCCUACCCAUCUCCCCUGACCUCAGCGGCACACCAGUCUUCGCCUUCUCCUCCGCCCCCACCAUCUUCGUCCCCGCUACGUACGAGGAGGCCAUGGCGUGCCCUGACGCUCACCUCUGGCUCGCGGCCAUCCUCAAGGAGUUGGAGGCGUUUAUUGCCAACUCCUCCUUUGUGGAUGUGCCACGCCCUCCCUCUACCACGAACGUGGUCAAAGGGAAGUGGGUGUUUCGGGUGAAGCAGCUUCCUGGCGAGCCGCCAGUCUACAAGGCCCGCUACGUCGCCAAGGGCUUCACCCAGCGCUACGCUGUCGACUUCUUCGACACCUUCUCUCCCACCGCCAAGCCCGCUACCAUUCGCGCAGUCCUCGACCUCGCCGCUCGCCUCAACAUGGAGAUUCACUCCAUGGAUGUCUCCAACGCAUUCCUCCAAGGGGUCUUGCGCGAGCUCAUUUACAUGGAGCGUCCUGCCGGCUUCCAUCUCCCCUUUCCGUCCGACUCUGUCUGGCAGCUGCGUCGGCCGGUCUAUGGGCUCAAGCAGGCACCAAGGGAGUGGCAUGCCAAGCUUGCUGCCACCCUCGUUGAGCUUGGCUUCAGCACCUCCCGUGCCGACCCCAGCCUCUUCCUCCGCACCUCCCCCUCCCCCUUCUACAUCCUCGUCUAUGUCGACGAUAUGAUCCUCAUCACUGCCGACUCCGCCGAGCUCGAGCGCGUCAAGCGUGAGCUUGGCAGCCGGCUCAAGUGUAAGGAUCUAGGGGAGCUGCAGCACUAUCUCGGCAUGGAGAUUACCCGCGACCGUGCUGCUCGCACCAUCUCCCUCUCCCAAGGCCACUACCUGCAGCAGGUCUUGGAGCGGUUCGACAUGGCUCGAGGCACCCCUCAGGUCACCCCUCUUCCUGUUGGGCACCACCUCACUCCCCUCACCUCCCCCUCCUCCUCCUCCCACCCCUACGCUGAGCUCAUCGGCUCUCUCAUGUAUGCCAUGGUCUCCACCCGCCCUGACCUGGCAUACCCCAUCAGCGUUUUGGCCCGCUUCGUUGGUACCGGCAAGCAUGAUGCCGCCCACUGGCAAGCGGCCAAGCGUGUCCUCCGCUACCUUCGGGGGACCAAGGACUACGUCCUUACCCUUGGCGGCCCCUCCCCUCCCCUCCUUACUGGCUACUCUGAUUCCUCCUGGGCUGACUCUAGGCCUGACCGCCGCUCCUCUCAGGGCUAUGGCUUCUCUCUUGGCAGUGGCCUCAUCAGCUGGCGCUCCACCCGCUCCUCCUCCAUUGCCCUCUCCUCCUGCGAAGCAGAGCUGUAUGCCGCUACCAUGGCUGCGCAGGAGGCCCGCUGGCUCUCCUUCCUUCUUGAGGAGCUUGGUGCCCCUCAGCGCUGUCCCACCAUCUGGUGCGACAACGCCAGCACCAUCCACCUCACGAAGGAUGCCGUGUUCCACGGGCGCUCCAAGCACAUUGAGCUUCGCCACUACUUCGUUCGUGAGCUUGUGCAAGGUGGCCACCUCCGGCUGGGCAAGAUUGACUCUGCUGCCAAUCUUGCUGACAUCUUCACCAAAGCCCUCCCCCACGCCGCCCACUCGUCCCUCCUUCGCCUUCUUGGACUCGCUCCCCCCGUUCCCUCGUCCGCCUCCUGAUUCAAGCCCUCUAGUCUUAUGCAUGUUGGGGGGUUGUGUUGUAAAAUAUAUAUCUAUACAACAU